AUGGCACCUCCCAACAAGAAGAACAUCCAGGGAGAUAUCUGGCCCCGUUUGUCCAAGAAGCAUGAGCUGUUUGUAUUCUUCCGCAUCACUAACCCUGUGGAGUUCAAAAAGCAACUGGCCGUUCUCGUUCCCAGUCUCACGACUGCCAGUCACGCUGAGAGGUUUAGGAAGGACAUUUACAAGAUGAAGGCCGAAGGUACUCUAAAACAUAUCGUCUUUUUCUCUGCCAUCAAUGUUGCCUUCUCCGCCAAGGGUCUAGAAAAGCUUGGAGCCGAGCCAUUCACCGAUGAUGUCUUCAACAACGGCCAGUGGGAGGACCUGACCUACCCCCUUGAGGGAGAUGACAAGACAAAGCAUAACGGUCUCGACGACCAGCAUGAUUGGUUCCACCAAUUCACCCCACGAAAUGGAUAUCUCGACGGUGUCUUCACCAUCACCGGUGAUACUGAAAAGACCUUGGUUGAUACCGUUAGAUCGGUUAAGAAGGCUUUCGGAGUUGGUCUUGAGAAGUCAGACGUCAAAUCCACUGAAGACGGUCCCACCAUCGACACGCCAAGUGCUCAAUUUGUCUUUCAGCAGCAGGGACAUGUUCUUGAUGAUGACAGAGAACACUUUGGAUGGGUUGAUGGUAUCUCCCAGCCAAUUGUCAUUGGUCUGGACACCGAUGAAAAGGUCGAAGAAGCCAAGAAGGGCCUGAAGCCAAUUCAGGCUGGUACUAUUCUUGUUGGAGGUGAAGGCGAUCAAAGCAAUCACCCGGCUUGGGCCAAAGAGGGAAGCUUCAUGGUGUUCCGCACAUACGAACAGAGAACACCCGAGUUCGUUGCCUGGUGUGCCAAGAACACCAAGAGACUGCAAACUGAGGGGAAAACGGAGAAAGCUAUGCAAGAGCUUCGAAAAUUCUCCUCCCGUAUUGUUGGAAGAUGGCCCAACGGAGCCCCGCUUGAGAUUCACCCCAACGAAGAUCCUACACCUAUGAGACAUCCUGAUCCAGUCAAGAACAAGGAGUUAUUGUUCGCGGAAUGGGAAAAGGACGGCAAAGACCCUCACGCGGAAUAUAAGAAACUGGAAGCGGAUAAUCACACGGAUGCCUUCACUUACAACCCUGAGGACCAAACUAAAUGUCCUUACGCUGCCCAUAUCCGGAAGUGCGGGCCUCGAGAUGACUUCCCCAAUUACGAGAGGCAUCUUAUGAUGCGACGAGGAAUUCCAUACGGACCAGUGACAGAGACCAAUGAGAAGGGUGGUGGCGUGUCACAGCAUGAUCGUGGCCUGUUGUUCGUUUCCUACCAGAGCAACAUCACCAACGGAUUCAGGUUUGUCCAGAAAGAAUGGGCAAACAAGGCGGAUAAGCCUGUUGAUUUCUCUGACAAGCUGGGAGGCAAAGCCCCGCAGGGUAUCGACGCUGUCAUCGGUCAAAUGCCUCCCUACUACCGCGCGGAGAAUGACGUUACCAAAUACGACAGCCCAGCUCCUAAUGCGAACUUCCCCGAUGUCCAGAAGCCUGUGCCGACCCCGAGCAAAUACUGGAUUCCCAUUGAACGCUGGGUUAUCCCUCGCGGUGGUGAGUACUUCUUUGCUCCGUCGAUUUCUGGAAUCAAAGAGACUCUUUGCAAAUAA